AUGUCCACGCCGCAGGAACCCGUCAAGCCGGAAACACCCGCCGCACACGACUCUCCGGCGCCCGCCGCCGCCGACGAGCAAAAAACCGAGUCGCAGGAGUCCGUGGACGUGGAGAAAUUGAAGGAAGACUUCCAGGAAAAGGCUCGCAUGUACUUGAUCGAGCAGUCGCGACAUGUCAUCAUUCCGUCGUUCGCCAAGUGGUUUGACAUGAACGACAUCCACGCCAUCGAGAAAAAACUGUUCCCCGAUUACUUUGCCGCAGAGAACGGCGCCCUGUUUGUGUCCUCCUAUAAGUCUGCCCAAACAUACAAGCACAUGAGAGAUUUCAUGAUCAACACGUACCGCAUAAACCCGAUCGAGUACUUGACGGUCACGGCGGUCAGAAGAAACUUGGCCGGCGACGUGGGCUCUGUCAUUCGCAUCCAUCGCUUCUUGGAGAAAUGGGGCUUGAUCAACUACCAGAUCGAUCCAAACACGAAACCGUCCUUGGUGGGGCCCCAGUACACCGGCCACUUCCAGAUUACGCUAGACACGCCCAAGGGUUUGACGCCGUUUGUGCCGGAGUCUGUUUCGGGCGCUACCCCCAAAAACGAAGCUGAGGAUGCGAUGGAUGUCACCAGCGACAACAACACCGCCGUUCCGAAGGUGGCUGUCAAGGAGGAGGAGGAUGAAAACGCCGCCAUCCCGCUCAACAUGGAAAUCACCAGAAACAUCUUCGACAACUCCAAGUCUCAGAAGACCCUCUCGUCGGUGUCUUUCUACUGUAGUGAGACUGCCAACGACAUCUCGGAUGUCAGAUACCACAACUUGAAGAGCAAGGUUUCGAUUGGCGGCUCGCUUGGCCCCUCGGUCAUCAGCAAAGACUGCUAUGAGCAAGGCUUGUUCCCUCUGAAUUUCACAGCUUCCGACUUCAUCAAGUUGGACCGCGCAACGGCUGGCUCUGAGUGGACGCAGCAGGAGACGUUGUUGCUUUUGGAAGGUGUGGAGAUGUACGGCAGCUGCGAAUCUAACCCCCAGUCUCUCUUCAUCAAUUCAAACGGACAGUGGGACAAGAUCAGCGAACACGUCGCCACCAAGACAAGAUCAGAGUGUUUGACCCGCUUCUUGCAGUUGCCUAUCGAAGACAAGUAUCUCCAGAACGUCGCCAAGCCCGAGAAAACGGGUGUUGUCGGUGAGGGAAUACCCAGGGACACCAUCAUCCUGGAAGUUGUUUCCAAAUUGAUCGAGACAAACCAGGGCCGGGAUAUCUUGAAACAAAACGGUAAGGAGAAGCUUGAAGAGAGCAUUCAGAGCCAAUCUAAUUUGAUCAACCAAGUGAUUGAGUUGACGCUAGAGAAAUUCGAAGCCAAAAUGAAGGUGCUUGAUCGGUUGGAGGCUGACUUGGUAAAAACAGAGAACUUGUUGAAUUUGCAGAGAAAGCAGGUUUUGGUCGAGAGAUGGUUGAACUUUGAGAAGUUGAGCAAAUUCAAGAAGCAGACAAACAACCCGGACUUGGAAGAAUUGUUGGACGACCUAUUGACGCCGAUCAACAUCAAAGAGGUGAAUGAGAACUUCAACAAAACCAACUUGGAGGAUGCUUCGGAGGUAAGUGCCGUGCAGAAGAAGGACCAGAUAGCGGAAGAUAUGCCGAUCAGUGUGGUGGAGCCCAAGGCGUACCUGUCGUGGUCUGUUUAA